AAGACGUCGCAGCUCCGUCCCGGACCAAGUUCGUCAAUUGAAAUCUCGACGACCUCCGAUCCAAGACCCUUCCCCCACAGUCACCAUGUUCUCGAGACAGGCCCUGCUCCGCUCAGCUCGUGCUGCAGCUCCCUCGCGGGCGAUUGCCUCGCAGGCUCGCUUCUACGCCGCCGCCGCCGCAACCGAGCCCGUCAAGCCUCCCGUCGCCCUCUUCGGCCUCGAUGGCACCUAUGCCACUGCCCUGUACACCGCGGCCGUCAAGUCCUCGUCUGUCGACCCGACAGCCACCGCUCUGAGCAAGCUGGGCAACCUGGUGUCCCAGGAUGCGAAGCUGGCCACCAUCCUCGAUGCCCCUACCCUGACCCCCGCCGACAAGUCCGCCAUUGUCGCCGAGCUCGAGAAGACCGCCGGCACCAACGCCACAGUCAAGAAUUUCCUCCAGACCCUGGCCGAGAACAACCGUCUUGGCCUCCUGGGAGGUGUCUGCACCAAGUUUGGCGAGCUGAUGAGCGCCGCGCGCGGCGAGGUCGAGAUGACGGUCACGAGCGCUACGCCUCUGGACAACCGGACCCUGAGCCGCCUGGAGACCGCCGUCUCCAAGUCCUCCUACGUCGGCCAAGGCAAGAAGCUCAAGGUCACCAACGAGGUCAACUCUGACAUCAUCGGUGGCCUGGUUGUUGAGAUUGGUGACCGAACCAUCGACCUCUCCGUUUCUUCCAAGAUCGCCAAGAUGAACAAGCUCCUGACUGACACCCUGUAAAUUACUUCUUUUAUGUGAGACGAAGGGGGCAGGGGAAAGGUGGCGACGGGAGAUGCACGGGGUAACCAGUGAGCCUCCGGGCCGAUGAUACUGACCAGCAUCUGUUGUUGAAUUGAGCCGAAAUAGAGAGAUCAUACAUCCCACAUCCUUUCCCGCCA